GGACUUCACUUCCCAGCGUGCACUUCGUCGGAGCUUCCAAACAUGGCGGCCGGCUUGAGAGCGGCCUCUCGGCUCUCCCGAUGUCUCCGGGAUGCUGUGGGUGGGCGGAUGGCGGCUCCUCGCAGAGGGAUAGCCUCGGUGAUAGACCCCUCCAUUGGCCUGACUGAAGAACAGAAGGAAUUUCAGAAGGUGGCCUUUGAUUUUGCCUCCAAGGAGAUGUCUCCUAACAUGGCCUUGUGGGAUGAGAAGGAAAUUUUCCCGGUGGAAACCAUGCAGAAGGCGGCACAGCUUGGCUUCGGUGGGAUCUACACCAGUCCUGAUGUUGGUGGCUCUGGACUGUCACGUUUGGACACUUCUGUCAUUUUUGAGGCCCUGUCUACUGGUUGUGUCAGCACUACAGCGUACAUGAGCAUUCACAACAUGUGUGUCUGGAUGAUCGAUACUUUUGGAAAUGAAGAACAGAGACACCGAUUCUGUCCUCCCCUCUGCACCAUGGAGAAACUUGCAUCUUACUGUCUGACGGAGCCAGGCAGCGGAAGUGAUGCUGCGUCACUGCUGACAUCGGCGAAGAGAGACGGGGACCACUAUGUUCUGAAUGGUUCUAAGGCGUUCAUUAGCGGUGCUGGGGACACCGAUGUCUAUGUUGUGAUGUGUCGUACGGGGGGCAGCGGAUCCCGAGGAAUUUCCUGCCUAGUGGUGGAAAAGGGAACACCAGGCCUCAGCUUCGGCAAGAAAGAGAAAAAGGUGGGAUGGAACUCCCAGCCAACGCGAGCGGUGAUAUUCGAGGACUGCGCGGUCCCUGUAGAGAAUCGUCUGGGACAGGAGGGACAGGGCUUCGGGAUCGCAAUGAGGGGGCUGAAUGGAGGAAGGAUAAACAUUGCCUCCUGUUCUCUGGGGGCCGCCCAUGCCUCUGUCCUGCUCACCCGCGAUCACAUGAAUGUGAGAAAACAGUUUGGGGAGCCUCUGGCUAAUUACCAGUAUCUUCAGUUCCGACUGGCAGAGAUGGCGACACAACUGGUGACGGCGCGGCUUAUAGUGCGACACGCGGCGCAGGCGCUCCAAGAGGGGCAUGGCGAUGCGGCGACUCUCUGCGCUAUGGCAAAGCUGUAUGCCACCGAUGAGUGCUUUAAGGUCUGUAACCAGGCGCUCCAGAUGCACGGAGGAUACGGUUACUUGAAAGAUUACGCCGUUCAGCAGUACGUCCGAGACAUCCGCGUUCAUCAGAUCCUCGAGGGGACCAAUGAGGUGAUGCGGAUGAUCGUGGCCAGGAACCUUUUGCAGGGAUGAGACGGGGAAUUAUUGAGGACUUCUCUCCAUGAUGUGGUUCCUGACAUCACAGGGACUCUGCCUCAGGGGAUCAGACGAAAUCAUCACCAAACCCCUCCAUACAUGAUGACAGAAGAGGCAGGCCUGGGAUCUGGGGGCUUUUCUAUGGGUGUCGGACUUUGAUCGUAUUGAGGUGUAAUGGAAGUGGUUGUGUGGAUGGAUCCUGGAUGGCUAUAGGAUCCUGAGUAGAGAAAAGUAACGUCAUUGAGGCGCGAGGCGCGCCGCGCACCUGGGAGGUCUACUAAUCUGAACGUUGGUUGGACUCGUGAAACGGCCGCCUUCAGCUUCAUUAUAGUGUGUUGUGUUUUUUUUUUUUGGUGUGUAAAUGGACCGGGAUGUUUUUUUUUAUUGCUUCCUUCCUCUCUGAACAAAGCAAUUAAGCUCUGGUAUCAAAUAUAUAUUUAACUAAUUGGAUUGGAA